AUGGCGGAAAUACCUGAAUGGGACGGAGAAGGCAACGUCUCUGAACUUCUGAGAGGAGAAGCUGGGAAGCUCCUGAAAGACUACGCCAACAUAGAACCCGAGAAGAUGGAGGCUCACGUCAAGUAUAUCGCCAAAAGUGGCUGGGAUGUGAUGAGGUAUCCUUGUUUCCAAAAAUUCGUCUUUCUCCACCUCGACCUCUCUCGUUGCCCCAUCUACCAGCAGGUAAUCGAGCAAACCCAGUCCGGACACUUGCUUCUGGAUCUGGGGUGUGGCCUGGGACAGGAUAUCCGGCGUCUAGUGCAGGAUGGGGCACCGGCAGAGAACCUGAUUGGAUUGGAUGUCGUACCAGAGUAUAUUGAUCUUGGAUAUCAGUUGUUCAUGGACAGGUCGAAGCUGGCCUCUACAUUCCUCAUCCAUGAUUUCUUCCAGGAUACGCCGGAAAUGGACCGCCUGAAACAUCGAGUCAAGAUCAUCAACUCUGGAUACUUCAUGCACCUGUGGAACUGGGAAAUACAGCUGAAUGCUGCAAAGCGCAUGAUCCAGCUUCUUGCACCCGUCAAAGAUGCCAUCAUCACCGGUGUUCACUUCGGGAGCCAGUCGCCGGGCAUGUGGGCUAAGGUUCCUCCUGGCCUCAGUCCCAUGUUUCUCCACAAUAAAGAGACAUUGUCCGAACUGUGGAUACAGGCUGGAAAGCAAACCCAGACUACCUGGACUAUCCAGAUUGUCAUAGAGCACGAUAAGUACUGCAGAGACAUUGACCCUGAUGGAUGUCGGUUGAGAUGGGCUCUUAUGCGGCACUGA